AUGCAGAUGGAGGGUAUGAGCGGGGGGACGUACUACGGCGUCUUGCAUGCCUCCGACGUUGACUUUGCCAAUAUCACCCAGGUCGAGACGUUUCUGCAUGAGCUCAAGCACCUGGAGUAUCUUCCUAUUCUAGGGGCACUCUAUGCGGAGUAUUUCUGGUAUGGGGUUAUUGUUCUGCUGGUCGUGGUGGCGGUCAUCAACAGGGUGUACUCACUUGUUCGGCGUUUGAGGCUUCAUCCUAGUAUAACCAAAAAUUUAUACCUUGCCAAUAUCGCUUCGUCAACACUCGCAACUACCACAGCGCUGGUUCGGGAGCCAUCUUAUCUCCAGUGGACCCCCCGUGCGUUGUCACCUUGGUUCAAGAUCCCGCCAUUCGGACCGAUAUAUAUCAUCCUCAUAUACUUUGUCUUCAUCAUCGUUCUAGAGUUCGUCAACAACGAUGUUGCAGGCGCUGGGUAUUGGCAGUUUCUCGGAGUCCGCGCUGGAUGGCUUGCAGCUGCCCAGAUUCCCCUCCUUGUAGCCUUGGCAGGCAAAAGAAACCUGAUCGGUAUGCUCUGCGGCAUACCCUAUGUCCGACUGAACAUCUACCAUCGCUGGGUAUCUCGAGGGCUCCUGCUGCUCUCGACUUUCCAUUUCGCCUUUCAAAACCAUGGGUGGGAUAUUUAUCAUAUAAGUAGACUGGAGUGGGACACAGAUGACUGUCCCACAAAGGGUAUCGCCGCCUACGCUUUCAUCCUAUGGAUGAAUCUCACAACGUUAGCCCCCUUCCGACAUAUGAGCUACGAGUUCUUCGUCGUACAACACAUCAUCACGUUCUUCGGUUUCAUCAUCGCCCUCUCCUAUCAUUUGGACACCAGCCCAGCCCCUAACGCUCAGCGCUACAUCUACGUCACCGUCGGUAUCUACGUCGCUGGUUUGAUCCUGCGAUUCGUCUACUACAGCUACAUCAACUCUCGCCCCGCACGAGCCAUACUAGAACCCCUGGAAGGCGGCGCGACCAAGGUCCGAAUUACUGCUCGCAAGAUCCGUAACUGGAAGCCCGGGUCGCACAUCCUUCUAUCUCUCCCGCGCUUAGGGCUCCAGCUCUCACACCCAGCAACCAUCUCAUCCAUACCAUCGUCCCACGACGGCGAACUAGUCCUUGUUCUAAGAGCCCACAAGGGCUUUACGCGAAAGCUGAUCAACACCGCAGAAGCUACCAGAAACUGCUCCAAAGACGUCGAAUCCCCACAAACCAAGCGUUCAUACACCGCUCUACUCGAUGGUCCCUACGCAAGCUCUGCUCCAGACUUCACAUCUUUCGAUUCCGUCCUGUUCCUCGCAGGUGGCACAGGUGUAACAUUCAACCUAUCCCAGCUUCUCCACGUCGCACACCAUUCCACAAACGGGUCGUUGCCUCUCCGCCAAGUGCUUUUCAUCUGGGUAAUCAAAGAAAGCCGCCAAGCGUCAUGGGUUUUGGCCGAGCUUGAAGGCGCGAUGCAGAAGCUACAGAACACAAAUAUCCAGAUCCGGGUGAGAAUAUUCAUAACACAAGACUCUGUUUGCCUCCCAGAUAGCGACAGCAAAUUCAACAAUGAAAAACAGACCUGUGCCUGCACAGAUCCCUGCACCUGCUCUAACAACAGUGACGAUGUCGACAAAAUCGAACAAAUAACCCCUUCUUCACCCUGCACAGACCCCGAUUCGGCCCUCGAAUCCUCAGGACCCCCAAGUAUCUCCUUCGCGCAGGGAAGACCUUCGUUCGAUGGCUACAUCGAGGACGCCGUCUUGCAAGCUAGAGGCGAAAUAGCUGUUGCUGUUUGCGGACCCAUCGGAUUAACCGUUUCUGUGCGACAGGCGGUGGUCCGGGUGUCGGAUCAUCUGGCCGUAUGUAAAGGGUCUGGAUUGCCGGGGGUGUUUUUGCAUGUGGAGAAUGUGUGUUGA